AUGGACACUCGCUUCCAGGGCUGGAUCGCGCCUGGCCCCGUUCUGACGGACCUACUCUCCGACGCAGCAGACAUGCCGAGCCAGAGCCAGAGUGUGAGCCAAGUCGACUCACCCGAUGCUCCAGCUGCACCCGAUGCGCCCGAUGCGCCCGAUGCGGAACGGCCGGUGCGGAUCAAGGACGUGGUGGCUGCACUGCGGGCUGAUGUAGCCAACGGCCGGCUGGCGCCCGGUGCGGCGGCGCGAGCGCUGCGGGGCAGAUCAACGGCACUGGUUGCCGGAUCGCCACCACCUCUUCCGCCGCCGCAUCCGGAUCUGGCGUCGCGGCUGGAGCGGCUGCGGGCGGCGGCGGGUGAUGCAGAGUAUGCAAGGAUGGUGGCGCGCUUGCCAGAGGUUCAGCGCGAGGCCGAGCGCGAGAUGGCCGGCGAGGUGGCGACGCUCGGCUCCCAGCUCUCCAUCGGCGUCAACAUCAUCGUCUCGAUGGCGGUCAUGUACGCGUUCGGCUACACACUCGGGAAUUGGGGCUGGGGAGGCGUUCUGGGCCCGCAUCUUCUUGGCCUCGCCGCUACCAUUGCCAUCAUGCUCGUUGAGAUGUGGCUCUUUAUCCUCCGAGACUCUGUGACGGCCGCGCCCAAGUCGCAGCGCUAG